UCCAUCUCCGAUCGACCUUUUCACGAUCCCUAGCCCGACCCGACAAUGUUCGACAUGGAUGAGCCAGAGGCGGGCAUGCAGCAUGGCGGGAAGCGGGCCCCUUGCGUUUCUUGGCCGCCCUGAACCGCACUGAUCGAGUCUGCAGUGUUCCUGACAGAAACCCUGGUCUCCCUUGCUCCAUCGACGUCGAUUCGGUCAAAUCAGAAGACUUGUUUGUCGACUUCGACAAGACGUCCAUCGUACCAGUUCUGGGCCCUCGUCCAGCUUCUUUUUGCCCUGUCUGGCUGCUCGUCCACCAUGAAGCCCACCCCGGCUAGCCAUGGCCAAGCAUUGGCAAGCAUUUUGGCACCCGGUGCGCCGAAGAGCCAAUCUGAUGGUGCAUGGCUGGGCAUUGACAUUGGCCGUUUGGUCCCCUUUUCGAUUAAUCUUUGCGGCUACCGCAACUCAAGACUCGACUGUUUUUGUGGUUUGGUGGUGCUUCGUCCCAUCUUUCCUUUGCUUCUCGCUCUCCUUACCCAAACUCUCUGCGUGUGUGCGUGCCUGUUCCUGGUGGGAAAGAUACGGAAAAUACGGCAUUCGCUCUCUGACCGAGAUUCACUCCUCUCACGCUCUCUUGUCCUCACACCCCCCCUCAGACCCGUUUCUGGUCGCAUCUCUCGUCUUUUCUUAGUACCGGCACACCCUCUUGGUCACUCUUACUACUCGAGGGGGUCUUGGCCGUCUUAUCUCAUCGAACUCUGGACAUGUUCUGCAGGUCGCCAUCUGUCUGCCCGUAACUCUUUCCUUUCGUAAUCGCGAAGGUUUACGGAACACUCCACAAACCUAUACACUCUUUUCGAUCCUAGGGUUGAUCCCAACGAACUCACCGACGGCUGGCCUGUUGAACUCGCUCUUUG